AUGGAAGCGCGCCGAGGACAGCUGCCGCUCGCCUUCACGCACCGUCACCACCGACUCGGCGGAGUGAACCAGCUCGGCGGGGUCUUCAUUAACGGUCGUCCGUUACCGCACGUGGUGAGACGUCACAUCGUGGAGCUCGCGCUGAAGGGAGCGCGUCCUUGUGAGAUUUCUCGCCGCUUGCGCGUCAGUCACGGCUGUGUCAGCAAAAUACUCACCAGGUACAAUGAGACGGGGAGCAUCAGACCAGGAGUGAUCGGAGGCUCUAAGCCGAAGGUGGCCACUCCUGGUGUGGUUCAAACAAUCUUGCAUCUUAAACAAACCAACCCCAGCAUGUUCGCCUGGGAGAUCCGGAACAGGCUGCUAUUGGAGCGCGUGUGUGACUAUAACAGCGCGCCCAGCAUCAGCUCCAUCAACAGGAUCAUAAGAAACAAAAUCCAGCCGGUGACAUCUUUUAAAGUUGAUUUAGAUGUUUCCUGUGGUAUUCGCAAUAACCAGCCAUGUUCCUGCAAAGACAUUUGGAGACCAUCUGAACCCAGAGAGACUUCACACCCGAGCGUGACCCCUAACCACAGUUCACAUCUGUUCGGGUGUCAGUGUCAUUAAAGAUGAACAGAAGGCCC